AUGCUGCGCUCAUUUAUGUGCCAAGCUGCCUUUACUGUUCUAAGCAUGCUCUUCUACCAACAUUACGUCCACGACACCCCAGGUUUCUUUCGACUGAGCACAAUGAUGUUACCCCAUCGUGAUAAAUGGGAUGCUCACUACUCAACCAUAGACGAAACAGUCUACAUUGGCAGAGAUGUCUUUGUUGUUGUUGCAUCGACGUUAUCACUCUACAAUGCGAUCGAACUGCUCACCCUCAUCUCUCUUACCUUCAAAAGACGAUCGGGGCUUUACUUUUGGAGUAUUCUCAUUGCAUCAUUCGGAAUCAUCCCAUACUGUCUAGGAUGGCUCGUUGUCUACUUCGACCUUACACACGAUUAUGUUGGUAUGAUCAUUGAGACUGUUGGUUGGGUGCUCGUCAUCAGUGGCCAGUCUGUUGUUUUGUACUCGCGACUGCACCUAAUUGUCACUGAUGUCAAGAUCCUCCGAGCCGUUCUCAUUAUGAUCAUCAUCAAUGGUCUCGUUUGGCAUACGACGAUGACUGUACUGCUCUUUGGAUCAGAGUAUAGUCCAAGCGACAAUAGAAAGGGAUUUAACAAUAUCUUCAACAUCAUGGAAAAGAUCUCCAUGUCCAUAUUCUAUCUGCAGGAACUCAUCAUCUCUGGUCUGUACAUCUGGAAGUCAAUGGAGAUCCUCAGGACAGCUUUCGGCAACACAAAAAGCAUGCUUUACAAGCUUUUCACGAUCAACUUCGUCAUCAUCCUAAUGGAUAUCGCUCUUGUGGCUAUAGAGUUCCAUGACCUUUAUGUCUGGGAGCAAGGUAUCAAGCUAGUAACCUACUCGAUCAAACUCAAGCUGGAAUUUGCAGUUCUUAGUGAACUUAUUGAGUUCGUUCGCAAUCGCAGCGGAACUCGAUCGCGGCCGACAAAGAACUCCGAGAAUCAAAGUACUCUCGUGCCAUUGUCGUCUAUGCAUAAGGGAAAUACUAAAGGAACUAUGUCGAGUACGAGAGACUUUAUCCACGCUGGCGAUUCCAGGACCAACACAACCAUUGCGGCUGCCAAUCCGAUCCCAGCGGUUCCAACGAAUGACAGUAUACAUGUCUUAAGAGAGGUUGACGUGGAGAGUUUGUCUGCUUACCCGGGGAACAACCCAAGUACAGAUGAAUUAUGGGGUCGUAUGCCCGAAGAACCUGGGAAGGGCAUGGUUGGAAGGGCAUUAUAA